AUGUCGAGCGAACUAACUUUUGGAAAAUACAAGGGCACACCGAUCGAAGAAGUAUAUGCUUCUGAUCCCGGGUAUUGUCGAUGGAUGCACAACCAACCCAGUCUCAAUAUUGCUGAGGAUAUCAAGGUUUUCCUUCACUCCAAGUUUUUAAGCGAUGAUAAUUCGUAUAUGAUGAGUUGGGGCAAGUACAAGGGGAAGACGCUUAAGCAGAUCAGUCGUAUGGACCCUAACUACAUUGAUUGGCUUCGAAAGAGUGAAUUCGUUAUUGAAAAGUGUCCUAAGCUACUCCAGGAACUUAAUUAA